AUGGCCAAGACCCUUUCGAAGGUUGCGACAAUCUGGUUGAUCUACCUGGAUAUCCAAUGGUAUCUUCUCAGCCAACGACCAGAAAACCUCAAUGACCGUGGCUACCACAUUCUUCUCUGUCCCACGCACGCCUUCUGCCUCGGACCGCGCUUCCAUUCGCAUUCUGACGCCCUAGACACAACAUAUGAAGAAUGGCGCGUGGAGACUUCGCGCAGUGCUAUGAGCUCGCUCGUCGCCCCUUGGAGGGCAACUACGCGGGUGCUCGCCGCGGUCCCGCGAUCCGUGCAGUACGCGUGCACGAACCAGGCGGUCCGCCUCUCGCAGUCGUACAAGGACGCGAAGUACGGGGUGAUGGCGGCGCUGACCGAGUUCACGAAGACGGACGCGUGCCUGGUGUGGGUGGAGACGAUGGCGUGGAUGGGGCGGGGAGACGACGUUGGGCGGGCGCUGGAGACGGCAUGCGAGUGGCUGAGUUUUGGGUCCGUGAAGCUACGGCCGAAGAGCCUGCGGGCGUGGGUUGGCGAGCAUGUGGAGACGUCGAAGGAGUACCCCGAUGCUGUGUACGAGUAUAAACUUCGCUGCCUCGUCGUCAAAGCUCGGCCUCGUCUGAGGGCCAGAAGGCGUGGUGAGCAGGUCGAGACUGCAGAGAUCACGUACCAACGAUCAGGUAGUGAGUAUAUUGCCUCUGUGGACAACGGUUGUGCGCGGCGCGACGCGAUGCAGAUUUCCGUCGUCCGCUACGGCCCGCCGCGCCUUCUUCGGCCGUACGGACGGUCGGGGACGUCGGGGACGUCGGUCCGCGCGCGUUGGGCAGAAUGGCCUGUGAGCGAUGCCGACAUUGACGGCAUACAUUUCAACGCGAGUGAGAGCGCGCUGGCGUCCGAGGGUCAAGUCAUGGCGAUUUGGGUGCGCAUGGCCGGAUGGCAUGGGUGGCCGCUGCUGGAGUCCGGCCAACAUAUGGGCAAGGCGAUGUCGGAGUGUCGAUCGCAGUGGCAGAUUCACCUGGACGGGCAUCUCCGCAUCCCUUCCUCGCUCGCGGCCUGGCGGGAGGAACGGUGCGCGCCUGAUCAGAACGUGAACGUGCAUCCAUGCGAGGGCGGAGACGGAGAUCGCGCUGGGAGUUUGUGCGCUGUUUAG